AACGGCCUCAGUCGCUGGCGGGAGCUUGAAAAUGUGAAAUCGCGCUCAGGGAUUCGGCCGGUGGAAUUGCCAUAUCAAGCUGGACUAUUGGCAAGCACAUCCGCCACAACCAUAUCUGUGAUCUGUGAUUAUAUAUAGUAGCCAUCUAACGAGGGAAAGCAAAGCAUUUUAAACUUAAAUACUGAUAGUCGUCGCUGUAACAAGCAAAAAACAAAGAAAACUGCCGUAUAAAUCUCACAAAGCCCAGAUCGGCUAAUCAGUCUGAUUGAGGUAUCAUGAAAUCCACCAUUUCUUUGCUACUGGUCGUCAUCUGCACCGUGGUCCUGGCCGCGCAACAGAGCCAAGCGAAAAAGGGAUGCCAGGCCUACGGUCAUGUGUGCUACGGUGGUCAUGGCAAGCGCUCUCUGAACACCGGAUCCGGGUCUGGAACGGGAGUGGGCGGGGGAAUGGGCGAGGCAGCCUCCGGGGGGCAGGAACCGGACUAUGUGCGUCCGAAUGGCCUACUGCCCAUGAUGGCGCCAAAUGAACAAGUGCCGCCCGAGGGCGACUUUAGUGACUAUCCCGCCCGUCAGGUGCUUUACAAAAUCAUGAGAUCAUGGUUUAACCGACCUCGCCGACCCGCCUCUCGUCUGGGUGAACUGGAUUACCCCUUGGCCAAUUCCGCCGAAUUGAAUGGCGUGAACUAAGGCCGGAAAAGUUAUCAAUACAGAAAUUUCCACAACGUACAGUAAGAACCGGAAAUAAGCCUCAAGAACAAGAGCAACAACAGCAAGAGCUACAGCAACAGCAACAACAACAACAUCAGCGACAACACAUGAAUUACUUAUGAAUGUUAAUUACUUUCGCAACUUGUAUAAAAUGUUUGAUAAAUGUCUACACAUACCAAGCAGUCAAUUUUUAUGCUAAUUGCAUAAGCAUCGAACACAUUAAAAAACCCAACUGAAAUUUUUAGGGGCUGGUAAGGAUUUCAGUGUCAAAAAAAAGGAGCAGACGAGGAAAAAUAAAUCCAAGAAAACGGCAAAGACAGCGUGUUUCACUGUUCAUAUGUUAAAUACAUACGUAUAUUUUA